GCUUCCAGCAUUGGGUCCGGAUCAAGGGGAGGAAAUGGAGGCGCCCGUCAAAGAAGGGUAAGAUUUUACCUCUUUCUUUUUUACUCGGAAGACUCCCCGGGCAUCAAAAUUGGUCCAGUACCCGUACUUGUCAUGUGUCUGUGCUUCAUUGUUUCUGUCUUUCUGUUGCACUUCUGGGGCAAGUACACCCGUAGUUCUUAA